GCUCUGGCAGCUGUUCAUCUGCAGCUCCUGUGGCUCAGAAGGCACGCACUGGUGCUGCUCCUUCUGGGCCAUGGGCAGAAAUGGCUGGGAGUGCGACACCUGCGCUGGCAGGAGCACCGCCUCCCGCUCCAGCGCCGAGCUUGCCAGCCCCAGCACUUCCAGCCAGGAGGUAUCGGCGCCUUCCCCCGUCUUUGCAGGACCUGAAAACAUCAGCUCUGGCCCUGCUACGCAGGCAGCUCCCGGCCCAUCCUGCAACUCCCAGCUGCCUGCGCUCAGCGUCCAGCCCAGAGUGCCAGAGGCUGAGCAGACCGCCACCCGCUCACAUCUCUCUGAGGAGCGGGACGCAUCUCAGCAGCGCCAAGGACGCGGUGCAGGAAGACGGGCACCAGCUGCAGGCACUGAGACCUCCUCCGAGAGCCCCAGAAGACGGAGGACCGCACGGUCCUCCAGAACCUCCCUGGCAGAUGCAGCCAGAAAUCGUCCCAGGCAGCGGGAGACCGGCCGCACAAGAAGCCGCUCCCCAUUGCGAGGCCGGGCCUCGGGCUCCCAGAGUCGGCCCCGAAGACAACGUGGUGGGAGCCGUACCACAGCCCAAGCUACUCAGGGCGGCACCUGCACCUCGGCCACACCAGCACCACCGAGGUCCUCGAGGCCUUCCCCUCCGCCUGCACACAGAGGACGGCCCAGGCAACGAGGGCGGGCCCCCACUCGAAGCCGAUCCCCAGUGGGGCGUCGCGCUUCCACUUCCCGCAGCCGGUCCCGACGAGGCCGUGGGAGCCGGUCCAGGCAGCGGGGACCAGCCCGGGCACGAAGCCGCUCCCGGGCAAACCACCCGGGAAGGCGGCCCCGCAGCCAGUCCCGAAGACGGCGCUGA